CGUUCAAAGAUAAUGUUAGGGGCAGCCAAGCAGAUAAUAAGACCCACCAUGAUGGGUGAGAGGAGCUUUGGGGAACCUCAAAACCACCCACAAGUUUCAUCUGAAGGAAAUACACAACUUUCCACACAGUCAGCACUUACAAAUCCAAUCUCAUCACCUAAAAGCAUCAAAGGCCAAAGGGAUAUUUUAAAAAAACUGGACAAUGUAAGUUCUCCAAAGGAAUACAGUGUACUGGUUUUAUCCAACUCAGAGCUUCAAGACAGAGCUUCAGGUGACUGUAAUGCAACCAAUGAUCGUUCUCAUGAAAGUAAUAUGAUGAUGAACUCUUCCGAUCAGAAUCAAACCAGUGCUAAUGUCAACCAAGAGUCUAAACCAAACAUCAGGCCUCAGUCUGCAGCUUCUGAAACAGACAGUGCUAUCAUAACAUCCCGCUACAGUAAAACAUCAGAUCAGUGCAGCCGGAUGAGCUGCUUCCAGUUCCCUUCGAAGAGUCACAGAUCAUCCACUGAAUGCGGUCAGCUGAGCCGAAUCUGUAGACCUGUGAUCAAACGAACAUCUGACAGUAGACCUACAUACUUCAAAACUCCUCAGGCAUGGAGAAGAUCUUCCUCCAACCAAACAGGGAACACAAGAAGGAAUGGCAGCAAUUCAUCCCAAAGUAGAUGCAGCUUUUCGGAUUCAGAUUCUUCUAAAUCCUCUUCAAGCGAAGCAACCUUGCAUCAAGAUAACAGAUUUGCAAGAAGAUACAGAGGCUCGCGGUUAUACAAAAAGUGUGUGACUAGUUGUCCAACUAAAUUUGUUGGAGAGAAAUGCGAUGCAGCUGUUCACCCGGACCUCUCGGACAGCCCAAACACACACACAAACUCUGAAAUGCUGAAAUGUUCCAUCACUGGAUGGAUACCGCAGUGUCCAUUCACUCUAGAUCAACAACAAGAGUUCAAACACACACUUCAUUCUACAGACUGUGAGAGAUUUCAAGACAUAAACUCCUCGUGGUUAACAGACCAAGAAGACCCCCCACCAUUACAGCCAUCUGUAGUCGCAGACAUGAGGAGUGGAGCAGACUUAGAGUCCUGUCCUGAAGAAUUCAUGUCUACAGACAUGUCAGAUAUUGUGCCCCCUGAAGUGAGACCCAAACCUGCCGUCCCAGCUAAGCCAUUUCAUGUGGCCCCGCCUAAUAGUGUUCCUUCACCCCAAGGAAUGGGGGGUGAAGGUCAAGGGUCAGGUCGAGGAUCUGCAUUGCUUGGAUACAUCGGAAUAGACACCAUCAUCGAGCAGAUGCGGAAGAAAACCAUGAAGACAGGCUUUGACUUCAACAUCAUGGUUGUUGGUCAGAGUGGUCUUGGGAAGUCUACUUUAGUGAAUACUCUCUUUAAGUCACAGGUGAGCCGGAGGAGCACAAGCUGGAGUCGUGAUGAGAAGUUCCCAAAGACUGUUGAGAUUAAAUCUGUAUCUCAUGUGAUUGAGGAAGGAGGGGUGAAGAUGAAGUUAACAGUCAUCGACACACCAGGUUUUGGGGACCAAAUCAACAAUGAAAAUUGUUGGGAGCCCAUAUCCAAAUACAUCAAUGAACAAUACGAGAAAUUUUUGAAGGAAGAAGUCAACAUUGCACGCAAGAAACGCAUCCCUGAUACCAGAGUACACUGCUGCUUGUACUUCAUAUCUCCAACUGGACACUCGCUUCGCCAGUUGGAUAUUGAGUUCAUGAAACAUCUGAGUCGUGUGGUCAACAUCAUUCCUGUCAUUGCCAAGUCGGACACACUCACUCUUGAUGAGAAAACUGAAUUUAAACAGAGGGUGAGGAAGGAGCUGGAAGCAUGUGGGAUUGAGUGUUAUCCACAGAAGGAGUUUGAUGAAGACAUGGAGGAUAAGAGUGAUAAUGAUAAGAUCAGGGAGGCAAUGCCCUUUGCUGUGGUAGGAAGUGAUAAAGAGUACCAGGCCAGUGGCAAACGAAUUUUGGGCAGGAAGACACCCUGGGGAGUGGUGGAGGUUGAAAACCCAAAUCACUGCGAAUUCUCCUUACUUCGUGAUUUCAUGAUUAGGUCUCACCUCCAGGACCUGAAGGAGGUCACUCAUAACAUCCACUACGAGACGUACCGUGCCAAGAGGCUCAACGAUAAUGGAGGUCUACAUCCCAUCUCCUCCUCUGGCCAAGACACACAAGAAAGUAACCUGUGAGGAAAGAAAUGAGCAGCAUAGUAAGGAUGCGAGAGAAAACGAAGAUUCAUCUUUUCAUCACAAUUCAGCUGUGCAUGCUCAGAUUUUAUCGCUAUGGAGGUUUUGUCUUUUUACUCCUUUAAACUCUGUGUGGAACUUGUCAUCAUCUCUUGUUGCACAACCUUUUUGAAAAUUAGAAAAAGCCUUCCCCAGUUGCUCACUUUGGUGAGUGAGUUUGCUUGUGAUAAUCUUGUUCAGGUCUAAUAUGAUGGUAAAUAGAUGUUAUAUAGCUAUAGCAUUUGGAAUUAAAAAAUUGCCCAGUGUUGGCAUAUAAUUUUCUCUGUCCUUUACUGGAACCUCUGUUAGUCAAAUUUGAGCAGUUUUAUAUUGUUAGAAGGGUGAUAGCACAGCCACUGCAGUCUGCGGCUCAAUGGGCCUUAUUUAUUUAAAACAUUUAGCACACUUUUAGUACCUUUGCCAAUUAAACAUACUCAAGUUAUGUGUAAGCCUACUAAAUUUUAACAUGCAGGUGUUUUAAUAAGUAUUUAAUUUCUUUGGCCCUAUAAGAGUACAGCUGUGUUUCUUUAAGUAUGUUAGAUUCACUAGUACUAACUUGUUACCAUUGCUGUGUCUCUGCCAAAAUAAGUCUCAGAGGACUCUGAAGUGACCACUGAGGCAUAUUCCUACAGAUCAUUCCAAACAGGUACAACAGUUUAAAUGUGUGCCAAGAUUUACAGUGGCUAAUGUGUUUAAAUGACUUUCCAGCAGCCCAUUUAACUUCAGGUGGAAACUGAAAGAACACUGAUUAAAAUGAUCAGUGCCUUUAACAAAUCAAGAGUUGUAGUUUUGAGGAUUUUCUUCAAGCACAUUUGUAUGGACACCCCAUGUUUGUGUGCAUGAGUAUAAAAAUUACAAAGCUUUCUCAAAGUUUUGCAUAUGGUAAUAGUGAUUUCUGUCUUCAUAUGUGAUGGAAUU